ACCCGCUCAGUUAGACGCUCAAAGUACAAGACGUUCGGAUAGACGUUCGGUUUGACGUUCGAUCGAUCGAUCGGUCGGUCGUUCGGACGGACGCUUGAUUUUGGCACGGAGUACGCGCCAUAAGGGACAACCCAUUUCCGCCUUUUCUGCUGUUCUUCCGUCCAGUACGCUACUAAGGACAGGACAGUUUGCUCUUUAAAAACAAUUACAGUCGUCGUCGUCGUCGUCACAUACGUGUUGUAAUCAUGAGUGAAUGCAUGAACUUCACCGAAGGGGAGUUCUAUCAGGAGCAUUUUGACCCGCGUGCAUAUUUUAAGAAUUUCUAUUCAUGCCCUCGCGGUCACUUUGACGAGAAGGAUUUCCUUACUUUCGUUUUAAGAUGCCUUAGCCGAGUUUUCUCAACGGGAGAACACAGAGGUCAGAGGCUGAUUGAUGUGGGCAGCGGACCAUCUAUCCACAGCGUCUUAAGCGCAUGCGAAUAUUAUGACGAAAUUGUGCUGUCUGAUUUCGCUGAUAACAAUCGGAGAGAAAUUGAAAAAUGGCUGAAAAAUCAAGAAGGCUGUUUAGAUUGGAAAACUAUUUUGCAGCACGUUUGUGAACUGGAGGGGAAAAGCCCGUCUGAUUUGGAGGCUUCGCUGAAGCAACGAGUCAAAAAUGUUUUAAAAUGUGAUGUCCGGUUGGAGAAUCCAUUUUAUCCGCACACUUUGGAACCAGCUGACUGCGUCAUUACAUCUCUGUGCCUGGAAGCAGCGUGUAAAGACAUUCAGACAUACCGUCGCGCUUUACAUGGGCUGACCAAGCUCCUGCGUCCUGGUGGACUUUUGGUCAUGAUAGGUGUUCUGGGUGAGACUUUCUACAAGGUGGAUGAACGGCCCUUUUCUUGUCUGAGACUCAAUCAGCAUGAUAUUGAGGAAGCGCUCAGAGAUUUAGGCCUCUCUAUCCACGAGUUUAAUAUACUGCCUGCAGAAGACCCGAAGAGCAAAUCCGUGUCUGACUUUGAGGCUGUUUUUCAUCUUGUGGCGAGAAAACCUUCUGACUGACAGAUCAAAUAGAGGAAUUUAUAUGUAUUUAAAGCUUGAGCACGCCUAAAUCAAUUUUUUUUUUUCUUGUUUACUAAUAAAUGGCACAAGAUUUUAGAUGAAUAUGGUAUGCAUAACCCUUAAAACUAUACCACACUGUAUACUGUGAUGGCAUUUUUAAACUAAUUAAUUAUGAAGUAACAUUUCUUUUCUCCUACAGGCCUAACAAGCUAAGCUAAGCUAACUUUGAAAUAGAGAAAUAGUCACUAGGACUGUGUGUUGUAACAAGUGGAAAUAUUUUGCUGUGCUGGCUAGACUAUCCUUCUAGAUAUAAGAAGUCUAUAAAAAAUUGUUUUGACCUAUUGGGUAAUCAGUGAACUAUUAACCUGGAGAUUUUUGAUGAUUCUGUGAUUCAGUUGUUCAAAUUUAAAUUUACCCUGCCAGUAAGCGUGGCAGAGGAACUAUGUUGUUUUUCUCAAAUCUGAACCAAUAUAUUAAGAUUGAUGAUUAUGAGUAAUAGAUCAUGUUAUACUGACUGUGUGACCUGAAAUCCUGUAAAACCUGCUGUAUUUUUUUGGACAAGAGGGAUUCUCCCGGCCGUGAUUUGAUUUGAUGAUUAAAGCAUUCAAGGACAACAA